UAUAAAUCAAUCUGCAUAAAUACUGGCCAUACCCAUAGAGAGGAAACUUUUAGUAGUAUUUACCCGAAGGUCAUUUCUGCUGUUUUCAAAAUGGCGACCGUGAUCUUCAGAACACUCAAUCAGCAGCAGGCUUUACAGAAGAUAUCAAGAUGUUUCAGUCUUUCAACAAAAAAUACAGCACAGACAAUGACAGUAAGAGAUGCAUUAAAUGCUGCAAUGGAUGAAGAAAUUGAGAGAGAUCCUAAAGUGUUUCUACUUGGAGAAGAAGUUGCAGAAUAUGACGGUGCCUACAAAGUAUCAAAGAAUCUCUGGAAAAAGUAUGGAGAUCAGAGGAUUAUGGACACACCUAUCACAGAGAUGGGAUUUACAGGAAUAGCUGUUGGUGCCGCCAUGGCAGGUUUAAAGCCAAUCUGUGAGUUCAUGACCUUUAACUUCUCCAUGCAAGCAAUAGAUCAGGUAAUAAAUUCAGCUGCAAAAACUUACUACAUGUCAGCGGGAAAAGUACCAGUACCAAUAGUCUUUCGUGGACCAAACGGAGCGUCAGCCGGUGUAGCAGCCCAGCACUCACAAUGUUUUGCUGCUUGGUAUGGAAGUUGCCCUGGUCUUAAAGUUAUCUCCCCUUAUUCAUCAGAAGAUUGCAAAGGUCUGCUGAAAUCUUCCAUUAGAGAUCCUAACCCAGUUGUAUUUCUGGAGAAUGAAAUUAUGUAUGGUAUUGGUAUGGAAAUGUCAGAUGAAGCAAUGAGUAAAGAUUUUCUUAUACCAAUUGGAAAAGCUAAAGUUGAAAGAGAAGGAAAACAUUGUACACUUGUGGCACAUUCAAAGUUUGUUGGGACAGCUCUAAGUGCAUCAGAAGAGCUUGCAGGGAUUGGUGUAGAAUGUGAGGUAAUCAAUUUGAGGACAAUUCGUCCACUGGAUGAGGAAACCAUAAUUAAAUCAGUUAUGAAAACUCACCAUCUUGUCACUGUAGAAGGAGGCUGGCCACAGUAUGGAGUUGGUGCUGAAAUUUGUGCAAGAGUUGUAGAAGGUCCAGCUUUUAACUACCUGGAUGCCCCAGUCCUACGUGUAACAGGAGCAGAUGUACCUAUGCCCUAUACUAAGACAUUAGAAGAAAAUGCUCUACCACAAAACAUUAAUGUUAUAAGAUCUGUGAAAAAAGUUCUUAACAUUAAAUAACAUUUUGGCAGCUAUUUUAAUUUUAAAAGUUUUUCGUAAACACUGAGUGAAAGACAUGAUUGUAAUAUGUUGUUUUUGAUGAAGGAAAUUUGACUGUGAUGUAUAGAUCUUUAAUUAUUUCCCAUUGACAGUAUGUUUGUUAAACACUUAACCCAUCUUGAAAUCAGAACUGACCAUUGUUUUGUUUUUUUUCACAGGAUUUUUAUACCAAGUAUAUAGAAUUAGUAAAUUGAACAGCAAAUAAUAUAGAGAUAUAGAGAUUGGUCAGUUUGUGUGGGUUUUCUGGCUACUGUUGCUAUAUAUAGUUUAAAAGCUUACCAAAGAAUACAAAAUAAAGUAUUUUAUAAUGAAAUAUUUAAAUGAACAUACAGAAUUGUGUGUACCUCUUUGAAACUUGAGAUACUUUGAUAACAUGAAGGAUAUAAGAAGAACAAAGACAGCUUGUGUAUAUGAAAUGCUGUAACUCUUCAUCUGCUGCAUUGUUUUAAUGUACAUGUCGGAUUCACAUUUUUGAAACAGUCCAUUAUCAAUUAUAGGGGUAUGACUUUCAAAAAAAUUAAAGACAGACAGCCAGAAAGAAUACAGUGUGGUCAGAUUAAACUUUUAUGCUGGUUAGCCAUACUUGAUUCUGCUGGUAAGAACUUCACAGUUUCUACAAGAGUCACAAAAAAAAAGAAGUAAAUAUUGGUAAUCUUCAAUUAUGUAUGACCACAGCUCUUAUAUCAUACUUGUUUUAAGAUCAUUAAGUUAAAUGCUGUAUAAGUUGAUAUUUCUGCUUGUCAAAAAGUUAGCAAAUUUAAAAUUACAGACCUUUCACAUGAGGAAAUAUUAGCAAAUCAUGCAAAGGUAGAAUUUAAUGACAGGUUGGUUGAUAUUUUCGCUGGAGAAAUUUUUUAAUUUCACAAUAUUUCCAUGUUGCUAACUUACCACUUAUACAGUACUGUUAAUUCCCUGUGUUUAUUUUUAGAUAAGAAGUCAAAUAUUGUUCACCAAGUAUGGUUAAAAGAAAUGAGAUAUCUGAACUGCUAAUAGAUUAUUAGUUAACUUUAACAUGUUUUAUUUGUAUUGUUAUAUAUAUUUUGUUAUUAUGAUAAUUUAUUAGAUAUAGGAAUGUUAACACAAGGAUACCCAUAAUUAAACUGGAAUCUACUAAAAAGUAACAUUGAAGUUCUUCAGGAAUUUUAUAUUCUAGUAAGUUUAAGUAACUGUUUUAUGAGCGUGUAUGAAUAAAUUUUUGUGUGUAAGCGUGCAAGUGUGAUUUUAUGUAAGGUUGCAAUAUGCUUUGAUUUAGUUAGAAUAACUACAUUUAUUUUCAGCAGACAAGAUAAAUGUGAGAAAGUUGUGAUUUCAAAUUUUACUGUAAUAGCUUGGAUGUAAUUUGUUUCAAUGCUAUGUUGUUCAGUGUAAUGGCUAUGCAUAGAUCCUGAAUCUGUCUAACUCUUAUUAUCAGAUUAGUGGAUACAAUACAUAUUUCACCACAAUAUGUUUGUUAACAAAAGAGCACAUGUCAAUGUUUGUGGUAAAAUCUAUUAUUCUUUAUAUAAAAAGUCAGAGUUGGUUGUUAAGUAAUUGACAUUACGUCAGAGAAGAGAUUGCUCCGCCCACUGAUUCACGUGACACGGUCAUUCAGAACCUAAGACAAAACACGGGACCGACGUUUACUGGAGACUAUUAUGCCACUUAAGUUACUAAUGAAUUUACCUUAAAUAAAUUGGUAUAUAUAAAAUUUUAUGGAUAGUUCAAUGUAUUAUGGUAUUUAAAAAAGUAACUUAUAACUGCAUUCAUGCAUUAAUUAUGAAUAAAACGUUUGGCAAAGAUCUUGUUAUAUUUCUCGUUGACUUCAUGACAAAAUAUCAUUUUAGUUUACAAAUUCAAAGACACUUAAAAUUGAAGUAGCGGAACAUAUAAAUAGUAAAAUUAUAUCAAUGACACAGUAACAUUUACAAUUUUUUUUAGGGUUUUAUGUGUAAAAUCACUUAUAUAUAAUGCAUUUGUGCAUAAAUUGUAAAAAUUGAAUGAGAAAAUUGGCCUUGCGUAACUUGGUAGUAUAAUAUAUGUAUGUUCUUUAUUUCUCUCUAUUUUAACUUUCGUCAGAGAUGUAGGUAUAAUCUAGAUAAUAUCUAUGUCUCUGCUUUUUUACCUGCUAUAUAACUAAUUAUCUUCAUAUAUACAAAGUUACUGAUAUUUUUUGUAAAAUAAACUGACUGACUCCAUCUGUCAAUAUGUCAGGAUAGUUGGUAACUUUGAUAUACCGAUUUAAUAGCUUUAAAUUGACAAAAUAUCAAAAUAAUUUCAAUAUAAAUACUGCUGCACCAUUGUCUUAUACAAAUAGCUUGUCUAAGGAAAAUGGCGGAUUUUGCAGACAUCUUAGUGUGAAACUGAUAAGGAUCGCCAUCUGGCUUAUUUGUAAGACCCCUGUCAGCUUGAUUGACAGGCGGCGUAAUGUCAGUUCAUAAGCAGAAGUAAAACGUAUACAGUAAACCGUAUAGAGGAAGUUGGUUGUUAAAAAAUUCAAAGUAAAAGGGACUGAUUAUAUUUAAAUGUUAACACAAUGUGUUGAUGUAUAUUGUGCUAUUGUUAUGGAAUGUUAUGGUAGAGUUAGAUUUUAGGAUAAAAAAUUAUUCUCGGCACAUAAUACAUCAUAUAUAUCUGUUAAUUGUUGUAUGAUUUAGUAUACAUCUCUUUCCUUUAUUUAUGUAGUGUGACAUUCAUCUUACUUUUAGAGGACUUUUCCUCAGUGUUUUCUUCAAAACAGUUAUUCCUUAACCUCAAGGUUAUAAAACUUUUUUUCUGAGUUCUGUCUCAAUCUGAGGAUUUUCAUUGGUCACUUUGUCUCUUUCUGACCAAUCAAAUACCUGAGAUAGUAUCAUACGAGUUUGAGAUGGGAAAAUUUCUUUAUAACCUUGGACCCUUGGUCAAAGGUUAAAAAAAGUUGUCUAAUUUGAUUGAUGUACAUUGACCAAUGAAAAGUUUUGAGACAGAGCUCAGAAAAAGACUUUUAUAACCUAUAUAGGUCACACAAUUUUAUUGAUCAGCUACAUAAUUUGGCAUUCUGCAAGGUUGUGCUUGUACAAUAACAUUUCUUGAUAUAAACUUGUUUUUAAUUUAUUUAUAUUUUUUUUAUGGUGUAAUUUGUGCUUGUUUAUUUAUAAAUUAUAGUGACAGCAGUUGGUUUCUUUUUUAUCUCUCUAAUAUUUUCAUGUCACACUUUUGAAUUAAAGCAGAAUAUUUAUACAUGGGAACAUAGACUGUAUGUUGGAAGUAUAAGUCUCGGUACUUGUUACUGUAUAGCUUAAAAAUCUUUUUUGUUUGUAAAUAUAUACUAGUAAGUUGCUUUAAUUGUAAGUAUUAUAUCUUUUGUUAGUUUACUGAAUCAAGUUGCCAGUAUGACAAAUGGCUAAUAAAACAAGGUCCCAAAUUAGUAUUUAAAUUGGUAAUUUCUUUUUAGUGUCAUUUCAGUUAUAUUCUAAAAAAUAUGUUUCGGUUGGAAAUAAAAAGCACAAAUACUUUUUUAUGUUCCCAGACAUUUUUUCAGUGGAGGAAAUAAUAACCAAGUAACUACUUUGUACUUCAUUCUGUAUAACUUUCCCAUUGCACGACUUUCAAAGCACCUACAUUUAAUGAUAUUUAUUGUAGAAUUUUGGUACUAACAUGGCACCUAUACCCUUUUUUUGUGGGUUAAGGGGGAUUAGGUUAAUAAGCCGCAGGGCUUAAAAUAGAUUUCUUAUCUUUCAAUUUAGUUUUGCCAUUUCUUUUUAAAAUAAAUCCAAAAAGAAUCCAUUGAUUAUACUGAUUUGUUCUUGUUUUUCAUGGUAUAGUAUAACUUAAAUGAUCCUCUUGGAGAUUAACUUAUGCACAUUAGAGCUAAGUUAGGAAUGCCUUUGGUCUAUGUUGAGAUUUUCAAAAAAAAAGUGCUGUUAUUCUAAAUAAAAUUCCCAGUCAGUUUAAAACAAUUCUCUGUUCAAUGGUGGCACAUUUACUGUUAGACAUUCAAGUAAACCUUGUUGUUUGGUAUUCACAAUUAGACAAUAAGAUGCUAUUUAAGUUCAGCAUAGUUGUCUUUAUUACAAAGUUGAUGUAGAUACAGAAAAAAAGCAUCUUUCUAUUUUAAGUUUAAUAAAGGAUCUGAGAUUAUGUUCUUAGUUUUUACAUUGAUGUAUUUUGUUUUACAAGACUGUUAUUAACUCAGAAUAAACUCGUAAAUUACA